UUUUUAAAUAUCGAAAAGAAGUUUUUUUUGUCUAUCUGAGGCUUUCAAUUUUAAAAAUAUGGAUAAAAUAAGUUUUACUAUAAACGGAGAGAGACACUCACUGUCCGGUACCGAAGUCUCCUCUUCCACGUCCCUCAACGACUACAUCAGAAACUAUGCUGGGUUGUUCGGUACCAAAGCGAUGUGUCACGAGGGGGGCUGCGGGGCCUGCACGGUCACCGUGUCCCAGGUACACCCUAACACGAAGGAGCGGAGAGUGGUGGCUGUUAACUCGUGCCUAGUCCACGUGUUGUCCUGUCACCAAUGGGACAUCACCACCGUCGAGGGUGUUGGUGCCAGUCACCGCGACAUCCAGAAACGCCUGGCCGAGUUCAACGGCACCCAGUGUGGGUACUGCACACCGGGAUGGGUGAUGAGUAUGCACAGCCUAUACGAGGGUUCAGAAGCCAAGCUGACAGAGCGGCAGGUGGAGCGGGCGUUUGGUGGCAACAUGUGCCGCUGCACCGGCUAUAGACCCAUCCUCGACGCUUUUAAGUCCUUCGCUGUGGACGUUGUGUCAUCUAUACAGGACGUUGAAGACUUACACAAAAUGAAAUGCUUAAAGAAGGUGAAAGAUAAAGAAGAAGACGACUGGUGUGUUAUAGACAAUACCAGCGAAUCUCUACUGUCCCUCCAUCUCAGUGCUAGUAGAUGGUACAAAGCGUAUACUGUUCAGGAUGUAUAUAAGAUACUGUCCAGGGAAGGAAUGGAUAGUUAUAGAUUUAUUGCUGGCAACACUGGAAAAGGAGUAUACCCCUACAAGACCGAGGCACGGGUGAACAUUGACAUAUCAUCAGUGACCAUAUUGCGAGACACGUAUACUGACGAGAACCUGGUGUUGGGAGCCGGGAUGACCAUCAGCGAGGUGAUGGCCACCUUCCAGAAGAUCAGGAAGAAUAAUUACGACUUCCACUACUUGGAGCAGUUCUAUAAGCAUCUGGAGUUAGUCGCUACGGUGCCUGUGAGGAAUAUCGGCACCAUUGGAGGUAAUUUGGCACUGAAGAAUUCACACCAAGAGUUUCCGUCAGAUAUUUUCGUACUGUUAGCAACUGUAGAAGCAACUGUGACAAUAGUUGACAGCGCCCUAAAGUUUGCUGAAGUGAAGAUGCAGGAUUUCCCCAAGACCGACAUUAAAAACAAGCUCAUAGUGAAUGUGAAACUACCCCCAUUGUCAAUGAGCCACCUAAUAAGGACAUACAAGAUAAUGCCACGAGCACAAAACGCACAUGCCAUAGUAAACGCGGGAUUCCAUUUCGUUCUGGAUUCGAAAAAGGAAGUGUCUUCCGCCGUUUUAGUAUUCGGCUCUAUCAAUGAGCACUUCAUCCGAGCGAAAGAGACAGAGAACAUUCUGAAAGGGAAGAAGCUAUUUUCUGAUGAGACUCUACAGAUAGCUAUGAAGACAUUACAGGAAGAAUUGAAACCAGAUGAUCGACCACCGGAGCAAUCGCCUGCCUGCAGAAAGUCUAUUGCUUUAGGCUUGUUUUAUAAGGCAAUUCUCUCUUUGAGUCCAACAGUCAACCCCCGCUACAGAUCUGGUGGAGAAGACAUAGUAAGAGAGAUAUCGAGAGGCACACAGGUGUACGAUACUGACAAGUCUGUAUGGCCUCUCAACCAACCAGUACCGAAAUUGGAGGCUUUAGCUCAGUGUUCUGGAGAAGCCAACUACGCCUGCGAUCGUGUGCCAUCGCCGAGACAAGUUCACCUGGCUUUCGUCACAUCCUCCGUCUGCUUGGGGGAAAUUGUAGACUUCGACGCAUCAGAAGCGAUGAAACUAUCAGGAGUAGUCGCAUUUUUGACGGCCAAGGACAUUCCUGGAGGGAACAAUUUCACUCCUAAAGACGUACCCUGGCAGAAUUAUAAUGAGGAGAUUCUCGCUUCGAAGACUAUAUCCUACUACGGUCAACCAGUUGGCGUGAUAGCAGCCGUGACCCAUAAACUCGCCCUGAAAGCGGCUGGUCUGGUGAAAGUUAAAUACAAGAAAUCCGACAAAAAACCUGUGCUGGACGUAAAAUCGGCGCUGAAUGCCCCAGAUAAGGAAAAACGAAUACGCGAAGACGCGAACGUCAAAGCAACAGAACGAGGUUCCGAUACAACCCAUGUAAUCAAAGGCACUUUCUCCAUGGGUGAUCAGUACCACUACACCAUGGAGACUCAGAGCUGCAUGGCCACGCAUACAACACGUGGCUUGAAGCUGAGAUCAGCUACGCAGUGGAUGGACUUGGUUCAUGUUGCGGCUGCGCAUGCGACUGGGUUGCCGCUCCAUCGUCUAGAAGUAGAAGUCCCCCGCGUUGGCGGCGGUUACGGCGGCAAAGCGUCGCGAUCCGCGCAGAUAGCGUGCGCGUGCGCAGUCGCGGCGCAUACUCUGAAGCGAGAUGCAGUUCUCGUACUGCCCCUGUCUGACAACAUGGAGAUCGUGGGGAAGAGACAGGCUUGUUAUACGGAGUUUGAGGUUGGAGUCAACGACGAUGGUGUAAUACAGUAUUUAGAAGUGGUAUACUACUCUGACUGCGGAUGCUCCUACAAUGAUACAGCAGGUCUGGACAUAGCUGGUGUCAUGACCAACCUCUACUCCAGUAAACGAUGGACUAUUAAAGGCUAUAGUGUGCUGACUGACAAAGCUAGUAAUACGUGGUGUCGAGCACCAGCAACAACUGAAGCUACUGCAAUAGUAGAACACAUAAUGGAAAGAAUAGCGCACGCAACCAAAAAAGAUUCCAUCGACGUAAGAAUAUCAAAUAUAGCUCCGGAGAAUAACGCCAUAAAGGACAUCAUUGAUACGUUGAAAAUUGACUCUAAAUUCGAUGAGAGGAAGGCACAAAUUGAGAAAUUCAAUUCCGAAAACGCUUGGGUGAAGAGAUCGUUGAAAAUGUCCCUCAUGUCCUUCCCGAUUUCGUAUUCAGGGAACUUUGCUGUCACCAUAUCUGUAUAUCACGCUGAUGGGACAAUCCUGAUGUCCCAUGGUGGGAUAGAAAUGGGACAAGGAAUUAACACCAAAGUGGCCCAAGUGUGUGCCUACAUAUUGAAUGUACCUCUAGAGAUGAUAACUGUGAGAGGUUCUGAUAGUUUCACUUCCCCCAACGCAAUGGCAAGUAACGGCAGUAUUACGAGUGAAUCAGUUGCUUUCGCGACGGUGAAGGCUUGCAAGGAACUGCUAGAGAGACUAGAACCUGCCAAAGCUGAACUGUACGAACCGAAAUGGAUCGAUGUGAUCAAGAAGGCGUAUGACAAAGGCAUCAACUUGCAAGUGAACGCGAUGACGUCAUCACUAGACCACCUCGUCGGCUACUCUAUAUACGGCGCGUGCGUCGCUGAGGUUGAGCUCCAUGCGCUGGAGGGGACCACUCAGCUGUUGAGGGUCGAUUUAGUCCAGGAUACAGGGAGAAGCAUGAGCCCAGCGUUGGAUGUUGGUCAGAUCGAAGGUGCCUUUAUCAUGGGUCUUGGACUGUGGACCAGCGAGCGCCUUGUUUACGAUCCCUCAGGAAAACUCCUUACUAACAACACCUGGACCUACAAACCACCUGGGGCCAACGAUAUUCCAGUGGACUUCAGGGUCUACUUUAGAAGAAACGAGUCUGCGAAUGUUGGAGUGUUGCGGUCGAAAGCGACUGGAGAACCAGCCCUAGUUUUGUCAGUAGUGGUGGCGUUUGCUAUACACGGCGCUAUAACAGAAAUUAGGAAGGAGUUCGGAUACAACGACAUUGACUGGGUUCCGCUAGAUACACCGUGCACUGUGGAACACAUCAUGAAGGCAAUCUCUCCCAACGUCGAGUCUUACAAACUAAAAUAAAUAAGUACCAAAAUAU